AGUAGCAGGGUGCCGGACUGUAACAGCAUCGUGGCGGUGCGCGGUGGAAACUGUGUGCGCAACAGUGCAGAGUGCCCGCAAACAACCACCUGUCGGCCGCUUCUUUUCCUCUUCUCUUCAGGUAACUGUGGAGUUUAUCAGCAGAGCGCCGGCAGCACGUUUGGCCGCAUCUUUGUCCGAGACGAUAUGAGGUUCUGAUCAAUGCAACUCGGUCUUGUUUCUGCUGCACCACACCCCCCUUUCCAAAACGACCACCCUCGCCCAUCCAAACGGACUCGACCCUGUUGUUACAAACACUUUGACUUUUCUCGGUAGGGAGAGGAACUACUCGGCACACUUUGGUGUGUUUUUAUGAGAAUAUUUGAGCAGGUUUUUGGUGCAACAGGUUGCUGAUCUGAAACUUUUUUAGCCCGGGAUCCCGCGCAUCUCUUGUCCCGGUGAUAUCCACUUCCUUUACCUGACCACGAGCCUGGGGUGACUGUUUGGGCAGAUAUGCUGUAAAGGUCUCCACAAGUGAGCGGAACUGAAGUUUACGGUGCGCAUGAGUGGGACCAUGCAGGGACAGGACAACCGAGGACUGAAUAAUCUGAGGCUGCUGCUUCUCUGCCUCUUCAUUACCAUCCUCGCCUCAGGAGCACACGCAGGUGGGAAGAAGCACAGCGGCCCCUGUGGAGGAAGAGACUGCAGCGGAGGCUGUCAAUGUUUCCCAGAAAAGGGUGCUAGGGGUGGUCCUGGAGCUCUCGGUCCUCAGGGCCACCAGGGGCCUUCAGGGAGACCAGGUGAUCAUGGCAUCCAGGGACCAAUGGGGCAGAAAGGUGACCGCGGGCGUAGUGGCUUCAUAGGUCCGAAAGGAAAUGUGGGAAUGACCGGCGUCCCUGGGUUUUCUGGAAACGAUGGAAUUCCUGGACACCCGGGACAGGCAGGACCCCGGGGGAAGCCCGGUGCAGAUGGCUGUAACGGGACACAUGGAGAAUCAGGAAUAUCGGGACGGCAUGGUGCAAAUGGUUUACCUGGUUAUCCUGGACAAGCGGGCUGGAAGGGACAGAAGGGUGACACUCUGGAGCUGAGUGUCUACAUGGAGCGCUUCAGGGGAGAGCCAGGCACACCGGGGGUCAACGGAAUAAUUGGGCCUCCAGGAUCGCGAGGAUGGCAGGGAAACCAUGGCGUCAUAGGGCCAAAGGGCCCCCCAGGGCCUCCAGGUCCCCCUGGACCAAAAGGCACAAUGACCAAAGUGCUUAAAGGACUCAGAGGAGACCAAGGGGACAUCGGACUACCAGGGUCGCCAGGAAACUCUACUCAUCAGCAAACUCAGAGCUACCCGGGACCUCGUGGAGAGACAGGUCUGAAAGGAGAACAGGGAGAACCAGCUGACAACAAGGGGGAAACUGGUGUGAUGGGAUUUCCUGGAGGACGGGGUGAAUCUGGUGUCGAUGGACGUCCCGGACCAAGGGGGGAUUUUGGCGAUAUAGGACCAAAAGGCAGAGACGGUCCUAAGGGAGAAAGAGGUGAAGCAGGUAUACUGAUUUCAUCAGACCCCUCACGGCCCGGGUCUUCUGAUGCUGGUCCUGCCGGUCCUCUUGGUGAGCAGGGUCCGCAGGGAGAGAGGGGCCCGAUUGGAGACCAAGGCAGCCCCGGACCCCCAGGACGGCCCGCCUCUAGUUCACAGCAUCAAGUUUUGGAUUUCUUCGGGCCUUUUGGUAUAAAGGGGGAGUCAGGAGAUAAGGGCCAACAAGGGGAACCAGGACGCCCUGCUGUCAGCCCCGGACCCCCAGGGGCCGAUGGGCGCCCAGGACCUAUGGGCCCUCAAGGACCCCGAGGAACAUGGGAGGAUUACUUCAAGGGACUUCCUGGUGGGAGAGGAAGACCUGGCAAUGCAGGCUUUAAAGGACUAAAAGGUGAUCAUGGAGAGUGUUUAUGCUCCAUUGUAAACUCCCCACGGGGGCUCCCUGGCCCUGCUGGUGCCCGCGGUGAUCCUGGGAUGACCGGAGAGUUUGGUCAGGAGGGAGAGCCAGGAGAUCCAGGUCCCCAAGGAGAUGACGGACGCUCUGGACCUCCUGGGCUCAACGGCGUGCAGGGCCAAAAAGGUCAAAAAGGCCACACUACUGUGGCCAAAGAGAAAGGAUAUCCUGGAGACCCGGGGGAUCACGGGAGAGAUGGCGAGCCGGGAUCGUUAGGUGUUCCAGGCCGAAAUGGUUCACCCGGUGCCCCUGGGGGCCCAGGUCUUCCAGGAGAAGGUCCCAGAGGACAACGUGGAGACAAAGGUUUCCCAGGUCGUCCUGGUCGACCCGGUGCACCCGGGCUAAGUGGAGAAGAUGGUAAAGUCCUUGGGGGGCUGAAGGGCCAACGUGGUUUACCAGGUGACGAGGGCUACGGGGGCCAUCCUGGAGUUCCAGGAACACCUGGCAGCCCAGGAGGCUGUAGUCCAACAGGAGAUGGAGGACAGGUGGAUGUAACAGGUCCUUGCAGUGCUGUUCCAGGACCUCCUGGGCUGCCUGGACCUCCAGGACCACCUGGACAACCAGGAUCCCCAGGUUAUCCAGGUCAGAAAGGGCCACAGGGUAUAUUUGGACCAACUGGAGAAAAGGGGGAAACAGGAGAUCGAGGAAUAGGUGGCCGUCCUGGACCACCAGGUUUUGCUGGCCCCCGUGGAGACUUGGGAGUUCCUGGCGUAAAAGGUGCAGUAGGAAACCCUGGUGUGCCCGGUGUGCCCGGUAGGUACGGGGGACAAGGUGAGAAAGGUGUUCAUGGAGAGAUCUUCGGAGCAUCGUCAGGAUCCCCCGGUGACCCAGGGCUGCCUGGGCUUCAAGGGAUAAAGGGCCAGACUGGUGAUCCAGGAGAUCCAGGCUUUCCAGGAAGGGUUGGCAUGCCCGGUAUGAUUGGCUUCAAGGGUGAGAAAGGCCCUCUAGGCCUGCAGGGGGAGGAAGGGAGGCCUGGGUCAGCGGGCAAGUACGGCUUUCCUGGUGAUCCUGGGCAAGCAGGUGCACCUGGGCCGCACGGUGGUAUUGGAUUUCCAGGUCUCCCUGGAAAGAGGGGGUCUCAAGGAGACCCAGGCGCUCCAGGUCCAAUAGGAUUAAAAGGCGUCCCGGGGACGUACGGUGAUCAUGGUGCUACUGGAGAGUAUGGCCCAUCAGGUGAACUUGGACAGCCUGGUGCAGAUGGACGCCCAGGACUUCCAGGAAUGAAAGGGUACAAGGGUUCUACCGGCAUGUCAGGUUUUGCGGGGAACAGGGGCAAUCCGGGGCCAAAAGGCUUCAGUGGGUUCAGUGGAGAACCUGGAGUGCCGGGCCAACUUGGCCCAAAAGGAAUCAAGGGUUACGGUGGAGAAAAAGGUGAGCGUGGUCUGAUGGGGCCAUCUGGGGAAAAGCCUCACAUCCCCGCCCAGAUGAUUCAUGACAUGAAGGGAACCAAGGGAGAACAGGGAAAUUAUGGAAUCCAAGGUUUCAUUGGGCCAAGAGGUACAAAGGGUAUGCCCGGUGUGCCAGGCAAGGAGGGAGUUCACGGCCUGCCUGGAGACCCCAGCAAUGUAAAAGGUGUCCCGGGAGAUCCAGGUGCAGAGGGGCUGCAGGGGAUAAAAGGAAUGCCAGGCCUAAUUGGAAAUCGAGGAAUUACUGGUUUUGAGGGAAUGCAAGGCAACAGGGGAAUUAAAGGAAGUCCUGGAGCGUACGGUGCAUCAGGAGACAAAGGAAGGAAGGGAGUAAAAGGUGAGAAAGGCCCACGCAUAGACCUUCCAGGAGCCACCGGACUGAGAGGAGAGCACGGUCUUCCAGGAGAUCCAGGCGAGAAAGGGUUAAUGGGACAAGCAGGGGACUGGGGUACACCUGGUUUCAGUGGAAUCGGAGGAAAGAAGGGACAGUCAGGUGAUCCAGGAAUAAUAGGGAUCCCAGGCUCUGAUGGGCAGAGGGGAACUCCUGGGAACCAAGGUGUAAAAGGUUUUUCUGGAAUUCCUGGAAGAGACGGACAUCCAGGUUUUCCUGGCUAUCAAGGAAACAAAGGUUCCCCUGGCUUGAAGGGUCUUUAUGGAUUACAUGGACUGAAAGGACAAAAGGGUAUCCAGGGAGUACCAGGUCUGGAUGUCAUUGGACCAGCUGGGGAGCCAGGACCCAAAGGAGAGAAGGGAGUGGACGGUGACCCCAACAACCAACCAGGUUUUCCUGGUACAGCGGGUUUGAAAGGCUUCCAGGGACCUCUAGGUGACCGUGGUCAGCCUGGACCUCCUGGAUUCCGCGGCGUUGUAGGAACAAGUGGGACCCCGGACAGACCAGGACAAAGUGGGGACCCUGGCUCUCUAGGACCUAAAGGCUACUACGGUUUCCCUGGAACCAGAGGGUUUCCUGGGUUGGAUGCUCCCCCUGGUGAAAAGGGUGUGGGUGGAGUAGGUGGCUUUCCUGGAGUCCCUGGUAGGAAAGGAUUCAAAGGAGAUCAAGGUCAAUUUGGGUACAGGGGACCAGAUGGUGUUUCUGGGAAGAAAGGAGGGAAAGGAGAUCAGGGAAUGAUGGGACUUCCUGGUAGUAUUGGUGAGAAGGGAGAAAGAGGGCCAUCUGGUCCGAAAGGAAACACUGGACCUCCAGGUUCUCAUGGGAUCCCUGGAAGCCAGGGUCCUUCCCCAAUUCCUAUCAGAGUUCCAGGAGAGAGAGGCCCUCAGGGGCCACGGGGUAUCCAUGGACCAGGGGGGUAUAAAGGGGAACUAGGGCCAGAGGGCCCUCCUGGGGAUCAAGGUUUCUUUGGACCCGUCGGGCAGAAGGGCAUGCCUGGGAUUAGUGGUAGACCAGGAACGCCUGGAUUCCGUGGAGGGGACGGCCCAAUGGGCCACCCCGGCCUGCAAGGCAUGGAAGGUCGCCGUGGCAACCCUGGUAUCCCAGGGAUACCUGGUAUGCCGGGCCGCAGUGUCAGCGUGGGUUACUUGCUGGUGAAACACAGUCAAACAGAACAGACGCCCAUGUGUCCCGUGGGCAUGUCUAAACUGUGGGAAGGCUACAGUCUGCUGUACCUCGAAGGCCAGGAAAAGGCCCACAACCAGGACCUGGGUCUGGCCGGAUCCUGCCUCCCACGGUUCAACACCAUGCCCUUCCUGUACUGCAACCCCGGAGAUCUGUGUUACUACGCCAGCAGAAACGAUAAGUCCUACUGGCUGUCCACGACCGCUCCUCUUCCUAUGAUGCCUGUAGAAGAGGGAGAGAUUAAACCGUACAUCAGCCGCUGCUCAGUAUGCGAAGCUCCAUCGGUCGCCAUCGCAAUCCACAGCCAGGACAUCACCAUCCCACAGUGUCCUGCAGGCUGGCGCAGCCUGUGGAUCGGAUACUCCUUCCUCAUGCACACAGCGGCAGGAAACGAAGGCGGAGGUCAGUCCUUGUCAUCGCCUGGCUCCUGCCUGGAGGACUUCCGCACGACACCGUUCAUCGAGUGCAAUGGCGCCAAAGGCACAUGCCACUACUUUGCUAACAAGCACAGCUUCUGGCUCACCUCCGUGGAUCAGUCGUUCCACACUGAGCCGGCAGCAGAGACGCUCAAAGCAGGCCAGCUCCUGUCACGCAUCAGCCGCUGUCAGGUCUGCAUGAAGAACUUGUGAGAGACUCUACGAAGAAGCUGAUGCAUUGAACGUGGUCUAGUGACAUCCAUCUAUUCAUGUGCUAAACCAAACAAAGGGGGAUCUGAAAUCCUGAUUGAGAUCAAUGUAAAACUUUCUCCCGGAGCCACAGAGUCCAGAUAUGCAAUGAAUGACUGUGCUGCCUUUGAGCUGUGCGUGAAAUGUCCCAUUGUAGAUAAAAACAGAAGAUGCCCUAUAAUGAAGUCAGCAGCAUUAUGGGAAAACAAGUAUUUUGUGUUAAAUGUGGAUUGGUGCUUACUGUUUAACUUAUUACCUCAGCUAUGAUGCCACAUUGUUAACAAUCAGAGUCUGUACACUACAGCUGAACCAAAGACGCCCGAGUGUAUGCACUGCUUCAGUUUAUCUAGAUGUUUUUAUUGUUCAGGGUCGACAGCCCACCGUAAAGCCACUAAAACUGCUUCUCAGCCAAUGGGAGAAUGUGUCUUGAACAAUCGUUGUUUGAUACUAUUGACAGUAUUAACCUGCUUGUAUUCCAUUGCUUUUACAAAACAUAUUGUUAUGAGUCUUUUCAAGUCAUUUUAUGCAUUUAUCAACUAUCGCAAAAUCGUCUGUAACUCGUUAUUUUCCAUACACACAAUGCACUGAUUGUAUUUAUAGCAGCUGAAUGAACUUGACCCCCUUCCCCUGAGAGUUUAAACAUAUAUCUUAUCUAAUACUUCUCAUGUCACACUCAUUUUCUCUUGCAAAUCUACUAAUUAUUGAACUGCCAACAGGACAGAAUGUAAACAGCUUGGAUCAAAGGUCUGACUACAGCUAAUCUAAGCUGUGGUCACUGAUCCUGGGUUAGAUUAGAGUAUUUUAGUAAGUAGGUCAAAUAUUCACCUCAAUUCGCUCAUUUGGAAAUAAACAGCUUGAUUAGACCGGGAAUAUACUGACAAUUAAUUGUAAUGUAAUAUUGGUAAUUUUCACAACACGGUCAUUUCAUUGGAUUGUAAAGAUUAAAUAUUGUUUGUUAUAAUUGGGAUUGUGUCUUUUUACUCUCACAAUCUUAAAGCUAUAAUAAUGCAACCCUUCUCAAAAAGAAUAAAUACCAACACAACA